UUUAAAAUAUUUAAAUGAAGGCAGUAGGACAGUGUAUGAAGUUUUAAGUACUGUAGUAACACUGCAGAUUUGUAAUCUUUUGUACUACAAAAAGAUCGAGAUUUCACCUACAGUGACCUGAAGCCAACAUGACAUCUCAUCCCAAAAACACCUGAUCUCCAGUUGAGGACGAGGUGAUGUUAUUCUGCUGUUCGCAAGCAAGCUGAAAAGUUAGUGUGACAUUCUGUUCAGUUGAUGUCUGUAUAAAUCACAGUACGCCCCAAACCGCUGUCUACUUAUCAUACUGGUCAGGCUCGGGGGUUGAUUAGACAUAGAUGAGAAAGGCCAUGUGUGGCCCAGGAGCCAUAGGUUGGAGAAACCUGGCCUAAGGGUUUGACUGUUACGUUGACCAUCUGGUCAACGUUCUUGCUGGUUAUCUUGUUGCAAUAUUAAAUAUAUACACAUACAUGUAAACAUAUAUGUGUAUAUAUACUCUAUAUAUGUAUGCAUGUAUGUGUGUUCAUAUAUGCUAUACUAGCAUUACGAAGAAACUAAACUUUUCACUGUGGUGUCUGAAAGUGUGGUUUGUGUUUCACCAGACAAGCUGCUAAUUUCUGGUUGAAAGACUGACAAAGUCCGUGGCAGAGCCUGGAAUCUGUCAGGCAAACGGAAAACAAUUGUGGUGCUAGGCUGAGCUGAAAGAGCCAACCUGUCGACACGCGGCAUUCAGAGAACAAGUCAUCCAGUUGUUGCAGUUCAUACAAAGCGAGUGGGGAGAAGAAAAGCAUUCACACACUCUGAAUACCACUGAAGUGUGUCUUUGCUCUGUCUGUUAUUCCAAAGAACAAAAAAGGAGGAAAAGCGUUUCUUAUUAAAUCACAGUGUGAAUUCGCAGCCAUCAAGGUGACGCACGACAUGUUUGUCUUCCUUUAACGUAGCAGAUUCCAUCUGAAAUCUUUUUUUUUCCACUGGGGAAUUUUAAUAGAACAUCAGUGUGAUACGUUGCUGCACAUUUGUUAAAAUUGUGUUUAUAUAUACUGUAUAUACUUAUAUAUAUAUUUAUGUGAUUAAUGGAAUAUUAGUAUUUGUCAGGUUUGUGUCUGGUAUUAUGCUGAAUUAAGGUGGAUAGGAAAAAACCAAAUUGAUUUAUGCAGGCGUCCCCUUUGCACGCCUCCAACUCCUGCCUUUGUUUUGUUUUAUUUCAUCCUCUCCGAACAUCCCGUUGCUUUUCAGGCGCCCUUUUGUUCUUGGUGAAGGGAUCUUUUAUUUGGCUGGAAUCUCCCAUCUCGGACCAACGCUUUGCCUUGAUGCAGAUCUUCAUUAAUCUCCGGGGCUGCUGUGGGCUCCGCGGCAGCUCCCGCCGUUUUGAUGGGAAUUGAAUUUGAUACCGCAUUGUGGCGUGUAUGGAAGCUAACAAUGGCCUGUGUUCCUUACUGUGUCUGAGCACAAUCAGAGAGACCCAAUUAAAUAAUUUGGUACAAUAAAGCAGAACAAAGGGAUAGGCAGGCAUAAAGUGAGGGGCUGCAACAUUUGUAUUCUACCUAUUUCUGUAUCAUGGUAAUUAAUUCGCUUUGAAACCACCGGGUGGAAGCACAAUGGAAACAGUGGAGCUCAUUUCAAAGUAUGACAGAAGAUGCUUUAUAUUCAGGUGACAUGCUAAACCAACAAUUUACAAUAGAGAUUUUUUCUUUCCUUUUCUUUCUCCAGUGCAACAGACAGUGUGAAUGAUUACAUUUAUACUUGUCAUGAGCAACAUUUCCUUAACUUUUUUGUGUUAAAAAAGGCAGAUUUUUUUAAAAUAUCAUCACAGUUUGGUAUGAAUGUUGCUAAAGUUUUUAUGUCAUAUAUAAAUAUAUAUGUCAUGUUCAAUUUCAGGAACAUGAAUAAUCCACAAGUGGCUUAUGGUAAGUGAUGAUGGGACCCAUAUGGAUCUGUCAGUGGUCCACUGGUGGCCUCUUUUUAGUCCAGCCACCGUAAUUGAAAGAAAUGAGCCAUGGAGCUGACACAUUAGCAGUCUCCCCAGAGAUGGGCCUCACAAUACACACACACACACACACACACACACACACGUAUGCUCACAUAUACAUCAUCUAUCCAAACUCUAUCUCCGUGAAGCCGCGGUCCAGACACAGUGUUGUUCACUGAUGUGCCCUACUGUAAGUGAGACUGUCUGUAGGAUUGGGCGGCUCUCCGUCUGUGUUAACGGGAUAAUGAGAAACUGCCCUGCAGUGAGUUAAUCAGCUCAUCGCUCUCCCAGCACUGCCAUUUAUUUGCUUUUUAUUCCUCAGCACAUUUCCCCCAGGGGGAGGUCUGUCUGCGAGGCAGCACCUGCAGCUUCCGCGGCGCUUGAUUUAGUGCCGUAAAUGCUGCUUGUGGGCCAGAUUACGCUGGACAGUGAUCAAACCUUAUUUGCACUCUGAUUAGACAAACCGCUGCCUGCACUGACCAGGCUGAAGCAAUUCUCCUUUAGCAAUUUUAUACUGCCGCCCUGCGUGAAAAUGAUUAACACUGCCUGGAUGAAUGUGGCAGUCAGUCACUGUGGCCGUAUCCCUGCCUCGCCCCGAUUGCCUAAACAGUUUUCACUUCUCCUGCUGUAGACAAAUCGUCACAAUAGGACUUAUAAUCACAAUGAGACUGCAGAAAUCACAUUUCUUUCUGGAAUUGUUUACAAAGUCGGAGAAACACAACACGAGAGUUGAAAUUAUUAGGUUGGUUCCGAUUAAAAAGGUUUAUGUUUAUUAAUGUAAAUAUAGUCAAUGUCAUAUUUUUUUAAUUAAAUGCACAUGUUUAGGAAAAGUCAUGGUCCCACCCCAACCCCGACCCCCCUCCAUGGUAGUUCUGGUGUUGAAACUUGAGAAUGAACGGCUGUAAAGUCACAGUUUGUCACAUGCAGAUAGGAAAUCAGCUGAGUUUACUGUAUGAGUGUUUCCUAUAGAGCAUUGUUUCCCUCAGGUGGGUCGCAAGAGUUUUUUUGGGGGGUUUUUUUGGGUCGUUGCACAUCAUGUUUCCCAGGAGUUUAUGAAUACUGUCUAUUGACUUGGGUCGCGAAGUAACAGUUUGGGAAACACUGCUACAGGGAAUCUUGAAAUGCACUUGGAAUUGAACAUUUAACCUUCUGGUUGAAAUAUAGCCGCCCGAUCCGCUGUACCACAGUACACUUCGUUUGUUGUGUUAUAAAAACUAAGUUUGGAGCAAGUAUAAAAAUUAUAAUACCAGUGUCCUUGACGCUACUGUUAUCAAACAGCUCACUGUGCAGCAAGUACUCUGUGGUUCUAAAUCAAAUACUUCCCUUUGAGCUGAAGCACAAUUUUUCCUACAUGUUUGCACAAAAUUAAGUGAGAAACUCACUGUUUCAUUGAAUUCCACACAGGUUUUAUUGCAGUUAGCUACACUUUUUUUUUUACCCCCUUAAACUCAGACUGACAGAUUUUGUGCACAGAAAUAUUUUACAUUCCGUACAUUACAUGAUGUUAUCUGCUGUGGCUGUGGCAGAUGUACACAGAUGCACGCAAAUACUGGUGCAUUCUCCCAAGAUCAUACAAUAACAAUAACCUUCAAAUGUAUUGUAUCCAGAGAAGGUCCCUGCCUGCAUUCAGAGUGGAAGGCACUCCAGUUCAGUCAUUGUACGACAGAUUUUCAGGCUUAGUUCCUGCACAAAGCCAAUGCACCUGAGACUGAAUGGGAAUGUAUAUGUAGUGCACUGGCAAGGUCUCUUUUCUUUCAUCUACUUCUGUGCAGAGGCUAGCAAAGUACUAAUGAAGCCGUUUUCUGAUCUGCUAUUUUUUACUGUGAUCCUCUCUCCAAAUGCCUCUCCAUCAUUUUUGUAGUAUUUACUGUAUUACCAUAACCCUGAUGCAAGGCCCUUUUAGAAUUGUGCUUGAGUGACUACUGAGCAUACUAGGGCAGGGGAAAAAAAGAGGAAUUAUUGUGAGGAAAAUGCACAAUAUAACAGACUUAAAAAGUGGAGGGCAAUGCUCAUAAUCGAAUCUGAAAGCUUUCAUUUUUCCCCUCAUUGUCUCUACUUCCUUCCCUAAACAACCCUUCCUUUUUUUCACUAAUGCAUUCAAGUGUCCUGAAAGAGGCUUUUAAGGUUGGGUACAGCCCAAACAAAAAGGGUGAUCUAUCCUGAGUAUAUACAGCUCAGUGUUUGGAAAAUUGCUUUGCAGAAUUUAAGGAUGCUGGUGAAAUGAAUGGAGUUGGCUAUGAAGUACAGCCAAACCAUAAAUCUGGGAACGUACUGAUCUCCCUCUCCCUCUCACACAAUUCUCCUUGUUGGUAAAUCUUUCUGUAUAUUGAGAUGCAAAAAGCAAAAGAAAACUUGAGUUUCAGUUGAACACUGAUUCUUGAAAGGGACUUUGUCUGAGGAUAAAUUCUCCACGUCAAUAUUAUCGCAUCCCUUAUUGAUUUAGAGUGCUGAAAUAACAAACAUCUUCAAGAUAAAUGUAUGGUUCUGAUAAGACUUUUAAAAAAGCAUUUUUCUUAUCUGUCACGCCCCCUCACCCAUUGCUCCUAGCCUCUUUCUCUCUCUCCCCCCCCCUCUCUCUUUUUCUCUCUCUCUCUCUUUAUUUCACUAACUGGUCCUCAAAGCUUCUCCUGCACUGACCAAGCAUCAGCUCCCCCUCAAUGAUAAAUGGCCGUCUUUGAAUUGAUGGCAGGCUAGAGGAAAAAGAGAUACUCCUAGAUAAUGUGGAUACCGUUUUCAUUCCUUGUCACCCAAUUAAACUGCAAUUAUCCCAAGUGCAGGAGAGGAGAAAAGUGGGAAGAAUAGUCAAAGAAUGGGGGAGUGCGGCUCCCUGGGACACUCUGGAGCAGACACAUUAGCCCAGAUUUGCCCCAUCCUGAUAGAAGAGAAUCAUAUCUUGCACUUGACAGUGCACAGUGAGAAGCAGACCAACUGCAUCCUGGGCGUCAGGAAAAGAAUGCAAUGUUUUUGUGAUGUGCCUCAAAGUAGCCGGAGAGAAAGGAGAUCAAAACAUAUACAGGUUGUCACUCUAUUAAAGCGGCGCUGCGUUUGUGUGGCGCUCCAUGUGUCUGUAGCCGAGGACGUAAAGGUUUUAUAUCCCCUAACAGCCCAUAUAGGUUUUCCUUUUAUAUUUAUUGUAAUGCUAAUGUCCUGUCCACCACUCGGUGUCAGCGGGAACAAAAGUGUGUAUUUUGUGAAACCUUUGUCAUCACAGCCAGUGAAAGAACCCCGGAGCUGACUACACAGCAGCCUUCAGACAAUUCCUCAGCGCAACCAACAGAGUGGUGUGCGAGAGCGCCUACUGUUCUCUGAAGAAUUAACCAUUGGUUCUUUAAAAAAAGAGAGAGAGAGAGAGAGAGAGAGACGCUUCCUCAGUGGAUUGUUUGCCUCUGGAUGAAUUAAGAUCUGGAUGAAAACCCAUUUCUUGGCACCGAAUCCCAGAAGUAAAUUAAUGUCUUUUGUAAUUACUGUUUCUCUCAGUAAUUAUCACACAGGACAAUUUAUGGAUUAACAUAUUGAUUUCACUUGACCCUUGGCGAGGCUUAAAUUGGACAGAGGAGAUACUUUUGGCCCGUGCUGCCAAAUGCUCUGCUCUUUAGGCGUGUCAUGGCUAACGUCCCGGGGGAUGAGGAUCUGGUUCCUGCAGGGUCCCGGCCUCUGGCUUGUAUCUAUCACUGUGUCACUUUGCAUGGGCAUUGAUUUUAGGCAAACAUAAUAAAAAAUUAAAAAAAUCAGAAUUUGCAAGAGUGAAAAAGUAGAGGAGUGUGUGUGUGUGUGGCAAUUUAUUAAUCUUUGCUCACAUUAUUAUUGUGUUUAAUGUUGAAAAACAUAUUUCACUUCAGGAGAAUUCUUGACUUUUUUUUAGAGUUUUAUUGUUAAAUGUAAACCGACUUAAAUUCACUUUAAAUUCAAGGUUAAUUAGUGCUUUAUGUAGCAGAAUUCUAUAAAACAUUUAAGAUAAACAUGUGGACGUAUAGUCACACAAAGGUGUGGUUUCUGUUUUUAAUUAGGGUCUAAAAAGUGGUGUACAGCUUCACCUAAAUGUAGAUGCUCUGUGUAAUAUACUACCAGCUUAUAUUUGACCAGCGUUUGCACGAUUCCCAGCUGGCUUAGACCAGUUUGACUAAACAAACCCACAGGACUCUUAUCAGUCUCAGAAUCUAGUAAGAAGUAGUGUAUGAUUAAGGGAGGGUUGAUGUUUGUAAACAGUGGAGUGUAAAUGUCUGCAUGCUUUUCCCUUUCAAUUUACAAGGCAAACAUUCAAAUGCAUGAACACGGGCUGUGUUGUUACGGAAUGCUGAUGAGCGUCGACCCUAAUAAUGCCGCCGCGUGUGCUGUUUGCACUGGAUCAGCGAUGUGGCAGUAAUUCGUUGCUGACGAUGGAGAGGGGAGAAUACUCUGUCAAAAUAUGAUCAAUAUUUCCUAUAAGUUCCCGCGCUGCUCCGCAUGAGUAAUGGUCUGAUUAAGUGAGCAACAUGAGAGAGGCAAGGACUAAUGCAGCCUCUCCACUGCAGUGUCCAUCAAAUAAUGAGAUCACCUGAGACAGGCCACCGUCAGCCUCCCUCCCCCUCCCCCCCACCUCUCUGAACAGGACGUGCUGACAGGACACUUGGCCUCCCAUUGAUCACAGUGUCAUCCAAUCCAGUAGCGAGAGUAAAGUACACAUUAACAUUUGAGCGUCUGGACAUAAAAGUGUAAAACUGUGUCCAGUCGUCGGAGCGGCCGCAUGUUUGGACAACACCACCUCAAAAGAACUCCGUCUGCCAUCUGUGAAAACUCUCUCACUUUCACUUCACUCUGCAUCAGAGCCGCUGCUGCACUUUUUCUUCUCUCAAUUACAUGGUUAUUAUCUUGGUCAGUUAAUCUCCUCUCAUAAGAUUGAUUUCUCUUUUCAGUCUACGUCAGAGCAGCGCCUCCGUCAGAAUGCACUCAGGCCAUGGGAACCGUAGAGUUCCAAAGCAUCCUCGCAAUUGACGGAGGUCACUGCCGCUGCGGCCGUUUCUCCGACACACUGAUGAGUAGACAAAAGCCUCUUUCUUUGUUACAUGUGUCGCCGAAGAGCACGGUGGCGCACACAAUGCAUCACAGGGGCGAGAUGAAAGUUUGUGGCACACAAAUCCCAACAGAGGGAGAUGUCCAGUGAUCCAAUACAGUAGUGGAAAUUGAUCUUAGAAAAAAUGUCAUAAGAAAGUGGUAGGAAUGACAGCAUAGUGAAGUAAUGGUAGAGAACAAUGUUAUAUACAAUUUUACCAAAGAAUUUUUUUAAUGUUCCUUUUAAUUAUUUGUUAGCUGGUUGAAUGUGUUAAAUCCUCACUGUGCUUCAAGCAUACUGAACAACUGAAGGUGAUGUUCUCUGAAAGAAAAUUAUUUUGUUUUGGCCUUUUGCCUUGGCGAGGUUUUAUUUGAAAAGAAAAGAAAAGAAGAAGCGCAAAGGUUAUAUUUGAUAGCAACAUGUGAAAAAAAAAUUUGAGCCAUGUGGCGGUUUAAUUUUCCAUCGUAUUUAACUUUCUCUUCCUCGUCAUUUUUGCAGACCUGUACGCAUAAAGGAGUGUGCGACUAGAUCUUGACCUUUCAUCUCAGCGUUUGUUAUGCUUUCUCCUGCUUUUUAUUCAAGCAUUAUUAACACAAAUCCAUAGAUCCCGUUCCUCGUUGCUUUUUCUUUGCUUUCACACAUACCAAGGAGACUUGAAAUAAGGGUUAAAGGUGGUUAAUGAACUGGGAUCACCUCACCAUCAACUGUUAUGUUGUGUACAGUGUUAAAGAUGAACGAACCUCCUGGAUUAUUAUGAUGUUUCUUCUUUCCAUUCUGUCUUGUGCUGAAGGACGAUGGCAUACUAUGAAAGCCCUUAAUAGCGUGUUACUGUCCCUGCCACGGGUUCAAGGAGAUUGUCUCACGUUUUGUUGGCGCUGCGGCCUCAAUUCAGCCCCCACAUAAAGAGCCAGAGACUAGGAGUGGACUGAGAGAGAGCAGUCUUUGUGGUAUUGAAGGGAACGGGGUGUAUAUAAAAAAAUUGCCUGGGUGCAUCGGCUUUCUCUGAUCCCAACUGCAACUAUAAAUGUAUCUGAGAUGAGCUAUCUGUUGCAGGCUGUGCCAUAAGCGGGCCUUUUCUUCCCUCUGUCCCUGUGAUGAGUUAGCAGGACCUGCAGUGAUAAAGCUGAUAGAAGGGCUGCUAUCAGGUGGCAGUCUGGGUAAUUACAACUCUCUAUUUGGGGCUUUGCAGUGAUGCUGCGCUGAUAAGAGGAAUAUAAUGAGGAAGAAAGGCCGACGAUAAUGUAUCUGCUAAAUGGUUGAAAAUAGUCUAUCAGAGCCAAAGUCAUCUCAGUGCCUGCAGGUGAACAAGUAUCUGUGGAUUUGAACCACAUGACUCUGCAAAGAGGAAUAUGUGGUAUUGGAGCUAAAACACAAGCCCUGUAGGGGUUGAAGGCAGUCAGAGUUCAAAAUCAGACUUUUGCAAAGGGUAGCCCCCCCCCUCCCUCCCCCCCAAAAAAAAAGAUCCAGAGAGUUGUUUGAUUGUGGCUGCUAUAUUGUUUGUCCCUCAGGGUGAGGAGAUAUCCUGCAGUGUGAGAUUACACAUAAUACUUUCACAACCGGCGGUUUAAAGAUGGAGGUCUUAUCGAGCUCACGGACUGCACAUCCUUCUCUGUUGCUAUUCUCCUUCCAUAAUGUGCUUUUAAAGUUUGUUGUAGCUGUCAGUUCUGCUGCUGCGAGGUUGAACUGACAGUCACUCCUUCCCCCUCCCUCUUCCCUUCACACCCAGCAUGUAUUUGUGGACGUUUCAUCUCCAGGUCAGUCGCCGGGCUUGUCAGAGCAGCCACACCGAGUGCGGGGCUGAUGGGAUGAGUGACAUGACUGUCAAAUGGACAGAUUAAUACUGUUAAAGACAACGAUUUCACUGAGGCUUUGAAAAAACAAACAAAAACUCAACGCCUUCUCUAGGACUCAGUAAAGAGAGAGAGAGAAAAAAAUACAUGAAUUGGGUCAAACAGUCACACGACCCAACAAAUUAAGCCCGCGGCCCAUUUUUGGAUCACAUCCCACGAUUUGAGAAACAUCCCUUUAAUGUGCACUCCAGUGUGUUCUAUCUUGUCUGCCCGUGUUAUUGUCAGCCACAGAUUACCUCAGUUGGAAUCAUGACCACUAUCAAAAGUAUUCCCCCUAAUGUGAUUAAGUUAAUACUGCGCUCUAUGAGGGGAUUAUUUCUCAAUUCCUCUUGAUAUGCGUAAUAUUUAGGUUGUGCUGGAGUAAAUAUUUGGUUCUUCACCAAAAUAAUUCCCACUGAGACAAAGACGUGAAAGUCUGCCCUAAGGAGCAAUAAAGACUGUAUAAUUACAGCGAUUAAAGGGGCUGCACAACAAACUUGGCACUUAUUGAAUGUAUUUUCAGCACAUUAUUUUCAAAUAUAGGUCAUAUAUUUAAACCACACAAACAUUAACUUUAUUCGCAUUAAAUUCCCUGUUUGUUCAUCUGGAGUGACGCUUGGGUCGGCUUUGUCUCCUCCACCAAUCCGAUCAUUAUGUUGUUUGGCACGUAGAAAUGAUAUUUUACAAUAAAGUGUGAGCUGUAACAAAAGCUCAUUAGGGGAAAAAAAUACUUUUAAUCUUAAGACAUUUUCUUCCAGAAAAUGUACAAUUUGUACAAUUAGUAUGAAACUUGACUGUGUUACCUGAACCUUGCUACAAUUUACCUGGUAAAACUGAUUUUUACUGCAUACUUCAUCUUGAUUGAGCGAAGAUUUAGUUUAUUUUCUUGUAAAGAUAGAACCAUUGUCGUGAGCUUCUUCCUCCACCUCUCAUUGGUUAACCUUUCACCUAAAGUUAACCGCUGUAGAAUGUUUCCUCGUCUGAUAUAUUUAGUGUUUCAUUCCCAACUUUUCUGUUGUGUGUUUUCUUCUAUUUUUUCAUGUUUACAGUAUAGAAUAUUUAAGUCAUAAGAAAACAAAUGAAACCAUUGUCACUAAAAUGACAGAUGAUAGUUUUAAGUGAUUUUUUUUCUCUAUUUUUGGAGAUGUACCAAUGUUUCUGAGGGUGGGUUUUUGUAAUUACAAUCAAGUUUAAUUAUACAUUAAAUCAAUUGGAUUGCAUACAAAAUAAAAGUGCUCUUUAGGGAAGAUUCCUCAGAUGACAAAUUAGCAGCUUUAAAAUUGUACCCACAUCAUAUAAUCUACAUACGUACCCUUCAGAAAUGUGUUUGUUUGAAAAUAAAAAUUAUUUCUCAAGUCUCUUAAUCAUCCUGUAGAAUAAAUGACUGGAUAUUGAUAAAAAUAGGAAUAGGAGAGAAAAGAGUGAAAUUAAACUGUUCAGUAUUCAUCAUCGGAACUACGUCGCAUUUAAUCCCACUUCUGUAUCCUGUAUUACAUCAUUCAUGCUUGUACGUUUGUAAUUAGUCAAUUUACUGAAAUAUUUUGAGCCACAUUUGUGCUGAUAAUCUGCGGGGGGGAGGGGGGAGAGGGGGGAUCCUUUAUCGUGAAGAUUAUCUGUUUAAAGAAAAAAAAAGUGGAGCAACUGGCAAAAGCUGCAGUGAAAAUCCCUAGAACAUAGGAAGAGAUGAGGACCACCGUCAGUGUGGAGGUACCUCAGCCCGGCCGGAAGAGAAAAGGAAAGAUCCAGGCAGAACUGUGAUCAGACAAGCUGAAAGAGAGCACAUCAGGUGCACAAUCAGGACCCCUCCCCUUAUAUCCAGCUCAGCCCUAACCUCCUGAUCAUGAGCAAACUUUCAUGUGGCAGUAAAUGCUCUGCUCUCUGUGAGGUUUGUGGUUGAAAAACAGCAGAUAUUGUUGUUUACCCCUUGCUCACAAGAAAAGCCAUCUGAUAGCAAGAGGUCAACUUGUGUUCCUUUGAAAUCAAUUAUAGUCUCAAACUUGAUUUCCCUCCACUGCUCCUCCAAAGGGAGUCCAACAGUAAACACAGUGAGAGGAAGGAGGGGAGCUGAAGUGCACUUCCAGACAUCCUCUGAAUUUUCAUGUAAACCGGGAUUAUCCAGGGAUGCUCAUCAAUUAUUCCCAUAAUUUGUUUUGCUUUCUCCCACAGUUUUGUCAAGUGUCAGGCCGAAUAAACUGUUUGUUGCUAUCAUGAAGACUCCCGCUCCUCCAGGGGCUCCUAUAUUUCAGAGUGAUGGCUUUAGCACUUUGGAGUGAACUGUGCGCGAUCUCUCCGGGUUGGAAAAUGUCCCCAUGGGCUUGUUGUUGCCGCUGUCUGCCUUCUAUUUGCAUGAUAUUUUUUUCUAUUCACUGUUAUCAUCAGUGUGCUGUGAGGUGGGAGUGCUGGCUCCGUCUCAGAGGCUGGACUCAGGCUUUAUCGGCAGGUAAUUCUCCCACUCUCACUAACUCAUCUUGAAUUAUUUAGGUGUUAUUUCCCAGACUCUGGCACAGGUCGGGGAGAGGAGGAAGAAGCACAGACUGCAGGUGUUACAAUUAAUUUGUAUCUAAUCUCAAUUAAAUUAUUAAAUUCAAUAAAUUAAUGUUUUCUCAUCCCGCAAAUUAAUAACCUGUUUUUUUUUUUAUAUAAUAGAUACCACGGCAUCUUGACGUUUUUGUGAGGGCUAAAAGCACACGGUCUGGAUGGCUGCACUCAAACAGAGGCCUGACAGAAUUUUUAAAGCAUUUUAAUGCGUGUUAAUAAAAUAAAACAAAACCAAACAUUGCGUCGGAAGAAAUGAAAACUCGUCAAUUAUAGUUAAAUAUAGUCAGCAAAAAAAUGGGGAAAAAAAAGACAUUUGUUAAUUAAUAAAUACAUAUUUUAAAAGGCCGUUUGGGGAUGCGCGUGGAUGCGUGCGCACCUUGACAGUCGUCUGGUCCUGAUAACAACUUUUCCUGGUAACUUGUUUAUAUAAAAUUCAUGGCACAUAUUUUUACCCGUUUGUGCCACGAUAGGCAGAUGCUCCUGCGGAGUAAGUGGAGCGCUUCAUUUUGCAGGAAUGUUAUCAAGAAGGAGGAGGAGAGGGAGGAAGGACAAGCCCGGCAACAGCGGUGCUGAGAGAUGCUGAGGAUUUGGCUCUUCACUCCAGUCCUUUUGAUGCACAUCAACCCCCCACCAAUCCCAUCACCACCCCUUUUUUAUUGAGAUAAAAAAUAUAUAUUUUUUACCCGUGUUAGUAUUUUAAUCGCAGUCAUCAAAAUCUGGUAUUUCAUAUAUUUUUUAGAGCCUUGUACCAGUUAAAACUGGGAUCGUUCACUAGAAAAUAACGGAUCACCUCACAAUGGAAUAUGAAAGUUUACAAUAAUAAUAAUAAUAAUAACAAAAGUAGUAGUAAUAAAAAUUACAAUAUUAAUAAUAGGGGAAGAAAGACCUUUUCACCAACUGAAUCCUUUAUACCUGACCUAAUUCCUUAUUUAUAAUAUUUUUCCCCAUAUCAUUGCAACAUUUCUCUGUGUAUUUCUUUCAUACGGGGUGUAUAAAAUUAUGUAAAACGGAAAAAUGGUGGCAGAACAAAAACCACUUAGAGCCCACAAUUUACUAAACAAGUCCCGCUGAUAAGUGUAAUUGCUCGGUUGGCUGAAUAUUGGACAACCUCGUUUCACUUGACUCGCUGCCCUUGGGAAAGUCCUUUGAAGUGAGAAAGAGAAGUGAUUUCAGGAAUAAGAAUAAUAAUAAUAAUAAAAAUAAUUAAAAAAGCUCGUUGUGAUUAGAAACACUCGAGACCGCCUCUGAAUUCUGGCGUUUUGUCACAAUAUGUGGAGAUUAAAGAACACUUUUUCUUUCUUUCUUUUUUUUUUUUUUUUUGCUUUUCUUGUCUUGUGCACAAAGACGCACGGGUUUUCAGUGACACCGUGCGUCAGUGCCACCCACGGAGCAAGGUGAAAGAGUGGAGUGACACAUAAAACACGAGAGGAAAUGAUGAUUAGACGUGUAAUGACUGAUUUUUAAAAUGUGAAAUAAUUUAAUAAACCCAGAUUUGCUGUCAUUUCAGGCCAGUCGCUUCAUCCAUGAGCUCUCCUCUGGUGUUUCUGUGUUCAUUUUAAUAAUAAUAAUAAUUAUUAUUAUUAAGGCUCUAAACUCCCAUUUUGACAAGUCGCCUUCCAAAUCAGGAAACUGUAGAAGGUUUUGUUCACUGCAUUCUCUCCUGAUAAAGAUACAAAAUACGGGAUGUGUUUUCUGUUCAAACUCAGGGUGGGAUUUAAGGAGGAGAAAAAGGUCUCUACACUCCGAUGCGCCGUUCAGCGCUGCUGCGCAUGCGCCAGUGGCACUUUCACUACCUGCCACUGCACAGUCCUGUAUUUCACAUGGGGCGAGCGCCAGUUAUCAUCCAUUUGCGUAAAUGCUGUUGCUGCUGAGUGUUGGCUCUGACAGUGUGAGACGACAGGGCGGCGUGUGUGUGGUGUUUUCACUUCCUCUGUCCCUCCUGUCCGCUGAUGGUGUAGACUUUUGACUGAUGGAUGACGACCAUGGAGCCGAAAACAUAAGUUGAGGAGCAGGUUAAAAGGACGCAGCCACUUGUACUUUGCGAUUUAUCUAACGGUGUGAUGAAGAUUUGAACUCUUUGAGUGCGUCUGUGCCAAAAUGUCUAAGCCGUUAGAUCACGUUAAACGUCCCAUGAAUGCGUUCAUGGUCUGGUCCAGAGCCCAGCGCAGGAAAAUGGCUCAGGAGAAUCCAAAAAUGCACAACUCGGAGAUCAGCAAACGCCUGGGAGCCGAGUGGAAACUUCUCACCGAGUCUGAGAAAAGGCCAUUCAUUGAUGAAGCCAAACGACUGCGGGCGAUGCACAUGAAGGAACACCCCGACUACAAAUACAGACCCAGGAGGAAACCAAAGACUCUGAUGAAGAAGGACAAGUUUUCCUUCCCCGUGCCCUACAACCUCGGGGAGCACGACGCGCUCAAAGUUAGCGGUCUCUCCGCUGGAGCACUUUCCGACUCCCUCAGCGGGAACGCGGACAAGGCAGCGGCGGCUGCAGCGGCCGCGGCGGCCAGGGUUUUCUUCAACCCGUCCAUGUCCACGAACCCGUAUUCAUUUUUCGACCUUGGAUCCAAAAUGACCGAGCUUUCCCCGCCGUCCUUCCCUUACGCCUCUCCGCUGGGUUACCCACCGGGAAGCGCCACGGCUUUCACGGGCGCUGGCAGUAUAGGCGGCGGGACUCACACCCACACCCACUCACACCCGUCUCCUGGAAACCCGGGCUACAUGAUCCCCUGUAACUGUUCGGCCUGGCCCUCAGCGGGGCUGCAGCCGCCCUUGGCCUACAUCCUCCUGCCCGGGAUGGGGAAACCUCAGCUGGAGCCGUACCCUGCGUACGCGGCGGCGUUAUGAUAGGCCCCGACGGUGGACUUGUAUUAAAUGUGAAAAGAGACAGGCGAAACAAAAACAGAAAAAAGCUAUUCAUGCAAGAGUUUUUUAUUAUGCAUGCACAAACUCGUACAUGUGAUGAAGUGCUCGUGGUCUCACAUAUCACAUGUGUAUGUACAUUAUUUAAUGCCUUUAUCUAAGGUCAUUCCUAUGUAGAGGACUCUCUAAUCUUCUCACCGCAGCAGGAGACAGGGGACAGGGGACAAGGGACAUGACUAAACCAGGAUGGCACACAUGCACAGGGGUAUGGGGUACACUCACCUGGUCACAGAUACCCUUCUCGAUUUCUAUCCCCCCCCCCCCCCCCCCCCCACCUCCCUCCUCUCCCAAGUUGCACCUGCUUGACCAACCUGUUGGAACCUGGAGGACAAUAUUAACGACGGGAUGACAGCAUUUCCUCUCAGAUAACACGGAUCAGGGAGGAUUGUCACAACAUUUACCCUCCUGUCUCCGCAUCCGAACUGAGUGUAAAUGUGUACAGAUAAAAUGACUCUAGUUUAUUUGCCCUGACAGGCUUUUAGUGUUUGAGAUUUAGGGGCCAGGAAAACCUACCGUUAGAAACCCGCUGUGUACAUUUCCUCCGUUUUUUUCCAACCCUUUUUAUAGGUGUCUGUAAUAUUUAUUGUUUAGUGGAAUCUUAUGGUGACUCAGACAUUUCCCUUCUUUCUCCCUCUCUCUUUAAAAAAACGAAACAAAAAUGACACGGACUAUUUCUGUAAUAUUUGCACUCGAGACGGAUUGUAAUUUAUUCUGAAGGUCGUAUUACAUUUCAGUGCAUUGCAAAAAAACAAAAAACAAAAAACAAACAAAAAAAGAAAGCAAACAAAUGGCCAGUGGAGUUGAUUCAAGACAAAAAAAACACGCAUCAUUUUUAGCUAACUCGUAUGGAAUUUGUAUGUUUUCUGUGUUUUCUUUAAUCUCCGUUCUGUACAUCAUCAGCCUAUAUUGCUACUGUUCACUUGUUGAGCAAAAAAAGGACUACAAUAAAGCGUAUUCGGAUGAAAGAAAAAAAAGGUGGAAAAGGA